GUCAUUGCGGUAAAGCACUUUGAGACAUUGUAUGUGAGACUGGACUGUAAGCAGAAAUUUGACUUGGGAGUGGAAGCGUGACUGCCUGCUGUGUGGCUGCUGUUUAGUAUACCUUGGAGGUAAUGGCUUUUCGGGUUGAGGAGAAUCUUUACUGUUCUAUCUGUCGUGACAUCUAUAAAGAGCCUGUCCUCCUGUCAUGCAGUCACAGUUUCUGUAAAGCCUGUCUUCAAAGAUGGUGGACAGAGAAAACAACUCUUGAGUGUCCAUUAUGUAAGAGUACAUCUUUACAAAGUGAUCCACCCCUAAACUUGGCACUGAAGAACCUGUGUGAAGGUUUUUUACUGGAGAGAACUGAGAGACUUUCAACAGGGUCUGCAGAUCUCUGCAGUCUGCACGCAGAGAAACUAAAACACUUCUGUCAGGAUCAUUAUCAGCCAGUUUGUCUCAUCUGUUUGCAUUCAAAUUCACACACCAACCACAGAAUCAUGCCUAUCGAUGAAGCAGCUCGGGCUUACAAGGAGGUACUUCAGGGCCUCCUGAAGCCCAUACAGGAGAAACUGUGGCUCUUCAGUGACAUUAAAGAAAACUUUGAUCAAACAGCUCAAGACACUGAACUCCAGGCUCAAGACACAGAGAGGCAGAUUAAGGAAGUGUUCUCCAUGCUUCAGAAGUUUCUCCAAAAGGAAGUGGAGGUCAGGGUUGCUGCACUGAGGGCGGAAAAGAAGCAGAAGAGUGAGAUGAUGAAGAGGAAGAGUGAGGCUCUGAGCACAGAGAUAGCCGCUCUUUCAGACACAAUCAGAGAAACAGAGGAGGUGCUGAGAGCUGAAGAUCUCCCAUUCCUGCAGAACUUCAAGACUGCAGCUGAGACAGUUCAGCUUUCCCUGCCGGAUAUACCAGAGCCGAUCCCAAGUGCUCUGAUAGACAUGGCCGAACACCUGAACAACCUGUCCUUCAAAAUCUUGGACAGUGUGAAGGAGAAGGUAACCUCCACUCGCAGUGUCCAGAAGCCCUGAGCCACCAUGGAGGAGUACAAGCUUAGAGAGACUCAACCAUGGGCCAAACUAUCCACGAUCCGUACCUCCUCCAACUGAAAGAAUACAGCACUGGCUUUGAGAACUGACAGAGUGAAAGAGCUGUGUGAGAAAUGAUACAGUAUCACGAUUUGAUCACAGUUGGUAAUUUCCAAACUUGAAGCUUAAUUACACAGAAUCACAUCAAACUGCACUUUAUUAUCAGAUUCCUCAGAAAUUUGUCUUGCAUCACAUGAAUUGUCUGACAGCACAUGGUUCGUACCACUGGGAACACAUCUCAGACCACCUUUUCCAGGUGGACACUCGGGAACAGUUUCUUGGUCUGCACCUCGGUUCUGGAAAAGUAUUCACAUUGGUAACUUUUUAAGCAAAUUACUCUGGGAUUGAGAAUAAACUGCGAGUGUGAAAGCCCCCUUAAAUGGAUCAGACAGGGUGUGUGUUCUGCAAGUGCUGCAAGAAAGGCUAAAAAUACUUUGAAGUCAAAAAUUAAAUGCACGAAACUAUCAUGUUCUGUAUAUUUUUUUAAUGGAUUUUUUUGAAUACUCAGAUAUUUACAUAUUGACUCAUAUUUUUCUAAUUUGGUUUAUUCAGCUUUGCCAAAGCAUCUUUUAUUUAGUGAACAAGGAGAUAAGAUCAUUAGUGUUUCUUUCCAAAAGACUGUUAUAUUUAUUCUGCUCUGUUGUAAAAAAAAAAAAAAAAAAAAAAAAAGAUAUUUUUGGUCAGUACUGUUGUGCACUGACUGUACACUCCUGUGUUUUAGAUAUGCUUAUUGUUAUGUUUACUGUGAUUAUAUAUACAGGCUGGAAAAAAUAAUAAAAAUAAUAAUAUGAUAAUACAAUGCCCAAAUCAAUAAAGAAUAAAGUGAUUUACUUAAAUUUCUGUUUAUUCAUGAUGUAAAUUUACUUUUCGGAUUCACUGACAAUCAAUAUGACAAAAUAUACUUA